AUGGUGCAGCAAACCAACAACGCAGAGAACACGGAAGCGCUGCUUGCCGGCGAGAGCUCGGACUCAGGCGCCGGCCUGGAGCUGGGCAUCGCCUCCUCCCCCACGCCCGGCUCCACCGCCUCCACGGGCGGUAAGGCCGAUGACCCGAGCUGGUGCAAGACGCCGAGCGGGCACAUCAAGCGACCCAUGAACGCCUUCAUGGUGUGGUCGCAGAUCGAGCGGCGCAAGAUUAUGGAGCAGUCGCCAGACAUGCACAACGCCGAGAUCUCCAAGCGGCUGGGGAAACGCUGGAAACUGCUCAAAGACAGCGACAAGAUCCCUUUCAUUCGGGAGGCGGAGCGGCUGCGCCUCAAGCACAUGGCUGACUAUCCCGACUACAAGUACCGGCCCAGGAAGAAGGUGAAGUCUGGCAACGCCAACUCCAGCUCCUCGGCCGCCGCCACCUCCAAGCCGGGGGAGAAGGGAGACAAGGUCGGUGGCAGCAGCGGUGGCGGCCAUGGGGGCGGCGGUGGCGGGAGCAGCAGCGCGGGGGGAGGAGGCGGCGGCGCGAGCGGCGGCGGCGCCAACUCCAAACCCGCGCUGAAAAAGAGCUGCGGCUCCAAAGUGGCGGGCGGCGCGGGCGGCGGGGUCAGCAAACCGCACGCCAAGCUGAUUCUAACGGGCGGCGGCAACGGCAAAGCGGCCGCCGCCGCCUCCUUCGCGACCGAGCAGGCGGGGGCCGCCGCCCUGCUGCCCCUGGGCGCCGCCGCCGCCUCGGACCACCACUCGCUGUACAAGGCGCGGACUCCCAGCACCUCGGCCUCGGCGUCCUCGGCCACCGCCCUCGCCGCGCCAGGCAAGCACCCGGCCGAGAAGAAGGUGAAGCGCGUCUACCUGUUCGGCGGCCUGGGCGCGUCGUCGUCGCCCGUAGGCGGCGUGGGCGCGGGUGCCGACCCCAGCGACCCCCUAGGCCUGUACGAGGAGGGCGGCGCGGGCUGCUCACCCGAUGGGCCGAGCCUCAGUGGCCGCAGUAGCACCGCCUCGUCGCCGGCCGCCAGCCGCUCGCCGGCCGAUCACCGCAGCUACGCCAGCCUGCGUGCCGCCUCGCCCGCCCCGUCCAGCGCGCCCUCGCACGCGUCCUCCUCGGCCUCAUCGCACUCCUCCUCCUCGUCCUCUUCCUCCUCCUCGGGUUCCUCAUCCUCCGACGACGAGUUCGAAGACGAUCUGCUCGACCUGCACCCCAGCUCAAACUUUGAGAGCAUGUCCCUGGGCAGUUUCAGCUCUUCGUCGGCGCUGGACCGGGACCUGGAUUUUAACUUCGAGCCCGGCUCCGGGUCGCACUUCGAGUUCCCGGACUACUGCACGCCCGAGGUGAGCGAGAUGAUCUCGGGAGACUGGCUCGAGUCCAGCAUCUCCAACCUGGUCUUCACCUACUGA